GUUUCAUCGUUGGGGUGACAGAUGCGAGAGGUCGCGACGGAGAAAGUAUGUGAUCAGUUGAUGUAACCGAGGUUCUGCGGGUGAUCCGUUCGGUGCGUUUAAGGUGAUACGCCGGACAGUCAUCGUCUCUGCUCGAUGGUAACGGAUACCUGGAAGAUCGAUCGGUGAGCAACGAGACAACGAUAAUCGCUGGUAUCGUUCGGGGCGACGUGAGACUCGGGAGGAAGUGGCCAGUGAUUCGAACCUGUCGAGGAGUGCUACUGAUGCAACGGAACGGAUGAAGAAUUGGGAACUAUGCUGGCGCAUCGUACAACACCGUUUUCGGUCGAAGGAUAUAUCGAGCGGCAAUACGAGGAAACCACGGAGUAAUGAUCAGAGCUACGCGGUCUGGGGUGUUGACCGCGAAUUUGAGACGGCCGAGUCGCACCGCGCACGACUGGCGAUAUAAAUUUUGUCUGAGCGGAAAUCUGCUGCUGAGGAUCCUGCUCAGUCUUUGCUGCGUCACCAGCGGCUACUGCGAUUGGAGGGAGAGGAUGCCGCGCGGGACCAAAGAGUUGCAAAUCGCCCUGAUGCGGCCGUCGCUGCCCGGUCAUUGCGAUUUCGAGAAAACCUGCGAUUGGUCGUGGAACCAAACGCUCGGGUUCAGGAGGAUCAUGCCGUCGGGACGUAACAAACUGGCGCCCAAGACGGACGCCAGCAACUCGGAAAGGGGGCACUUUUUGUGGUUCAAUGGCCGCGGGAACGCCCAAAUGUGGUCUACAACGAUUCCCCGCACCGGAUCGCUGUGCGUGCUGGAAUUGUCAAUGUACCAGGUCAAGAUGAGCGACGGCAUUAUAACCCUAGUCAUAAUCACGAAUAACACGAGUUCAGUAGCCGCGAGGAAGGCAGGAAAUAAUAAUGCAACAUGGGAGACGACGCGCUUUAAUCUGGGUGCAAUUAGUCAGCCGCAUCAAUUACUUAUAGAGAUGUCGGCACCGCAUCCUAACUCCAGCAUUGCGAUUGAUAACAUUCGCUUGAUCGACUGCUUCCCCGAAUUGACACCGGUAGGCGCAGCCUGCACGGAGGACAUGUUUCGCUGCAACAACGGCUCGUGUUUAAACAGAACGCGUAUUUGCGACCUGACAAAAGACUGCGCCGACGGCGAAGACGAGGCCCUCGACUGCGACAAAAUGCCAGAGAACGCCAGAUGUAAUUUCGAGAACGGAUGGUGCGGCUGGAGAAACGUGGCGGGGAGACCUUUAAAUUGGACCCUUCAUCGUGGCGCAACACCGUCUGACAAAACCGGGCCUAGUUACGACCACACGUACCGCAAUGCGUCGGGAACCUACGCGUUCGUGAACAUGUCCAAGAAAAGCGAUUACGGAAGUCGCGGUACCAUCGAGAGCCCGUUGUACAAUCCGACGCCGCCUUACAGCAGCGACGUAAAAAGUCGUUAUUAUCGAUCCUGUCAGGUGCGCUUCUUUUUCCACCAAUACGGAGUGCACAGCGGCUCGCUGGGAUUAUAUCUAGUUCAAGUGAGACCGCAUCAAAAUCACUCCGAAUCGCUCUGGUGGUCGUACGGCGACAAACACGACGUUUGGUACAAUCAGGCUAUCGCUUUGCCCGAGAUAAAAUACAGGUAUUUUCUGCAAUUUGAGGCGAGCAGAGGUUACGCCUCGAAAGGUGACGUAGCGGUGGACGACAUCUCUUUGAGUCCGGAAUGUUUCGGAAUUGGAGUUCCCCCCGAAGUCGUUGGAGACUUCAAUUAUUACAACCCUGUCAUAGACUCGGAAAAAGUUCCCGACCAACACGUAGACUUUGUAAACGAAACCGUCAUACGAAUUUCCACUUGCGGAGCCACAGGCAGGACAGGGCCUACUGUCGAACAGUGUAUGGACGAGCAUAACAAAACAGGCGUAGAACUGAUCGUACCACCAUCGUCGGAGGACACUUCCUUCAAUCUGAACGGUGUCCAAAAAUGGACGGUUCCUCGUGGUGGAUAUUACACUUUGGUCGGAAUGGGUGCACGAGGAGGAAAGGGAUCCAGUGGGAUGGGUAGCAGCUUGGGUGCCCAAGUUCGCGGUGUCAUGGAGCUGGAAAAGGGCGAACAGUUGUACUUCAUGGUGGGACAGCCUGGAUCCAAUGCGUGUCUCAAAAGUUUGGGGCUAAAAGUGAAUAGCUGUCAAACUGGUGGAUCGCAAACGUACGGGUCGUCAGGGAUCACCUCCAUUAUAGACGAAGUGAAAAGGAUUAAGAUAAAGGACGGCGGAGGAGGUGGUGGCGGAGCAACGUAUAUCUUCACAUUGAAAAGGAACGGAAACCAGCACCCGAUACUCAUUGCGUCAGGGGGAGGUGGUAUAGGAUUAGGGCAAUUCGUUGACAGCGGUCUUCAGCAUGGACGAGGACCUGCGUCGUUUGGAAGACAACCAUCCUCUGGUUCGGUUCUUUCAACAGAGGCAGGUGGCCCAGGAGGCGGGUGGAACGGAUCAUCGUGGGGCAGCGAUUCGAGUCAACGAACUUCUGCUGGCAUGGCUCUAAUUCGGGGCGGCGUGGGAGGAAUCGGUUGCGGUCCUGGGAAUCAGAGUCACGCUAACGGAGGAUUCGGAGGCGGAGGUGGCGGAUGCCUGACAGGAGGUGGAGGCGGUGGUUACAUAGGUGGCGAUACCGGUCACAAAGAAACCGGAAACGGGGAUGGUGGUUACUCGUACGCCAGCCGUGACCUUAUGCACGUUCACUUCCAGCCAGCAGUAAGCCACGGACCCGGUGAGGUUUAUAUUAUUCCUGCUAUCAGUGGUUGCGGUUGCGACUUUCGUUGCGUCGCCCUCGAUCAGUAUCUCAGCGAAACGAAAUGUCUCUGUCCACCUGGUUGGUUACUGAGUAAUGACUCGAGAUCCUGCGUCAUGGCUGACGAUUCAAGGGUCACGCACCAAACGUUCAUGAUUCUUCUGAUAGCUGUGAGCAUCGGCCUACUCUUUGCUUUCGCCACUGUCUGCCUACUACUAUAUAAUCGUUAUCAAAGUCGAAAGGCGCUUUUACGUCGGCGGCAAUUAAUGUUUCGCAACGGUACGGAAUUAACGCCACUGCGCACCGUUUCCGAUACCAUGGUGACCGAAAUCAAUCCGAACUACGAGUUCGCUGGAAAUCUCUAUAGCUUUAAAGAUUUGCCGCAAAUCCCUCGUGAAUAUAUCAAUUUGGUAAAACCUCUCGGGCAAGGCGCCUUCGGCGAAGUGUUUCAAGGCGUGUACAAAUACAGACGCAACGAAGAACACCCGGUCGCCGUGAAGACUAUACCAUCCGCGUCCAGGCCCGACACCGAGGCCGAUUUCAUGAUGGAGGCUCUGAUCAUGAGCAAAUUCAAUCACCCGAAUAUAGUGCAUUUCAUCGGGGUUUCCUUCGACGAAAACCCGAAAUACAUAGUCUUAGAAUUGCUCGCCGGCGGCAAUUUGAAGAACUUCCUUCGCGAGGAGAGGCCACGCGCGGAUUAUCCAACGUCGUUGACGAUGCUGGAUCUAAUAAUGUGCGGCUACGAUGUCGCGAACGGUUGCAAAUACAUGGAAGAGGCACGUUUCAUUCAUCGGGAUAUCGCCGCGAGAAAUUGCUUGCUCACGUGCAAGGGGCCGGGCCGUAUUGUAAAAAUUGCCGAUUUCGGAAUGGCUAAGGAUAUUUACAGGAGCGAUUAUUAUAAGAAAGGUGGCAAAGCCAUGUUGCCCAUAAAAUGGAUGCCACCAGAGAGUUUCUUGGACGGGAUAUUCACCACAAAGACCGAUGUAUGGGCAUUUGGCAUCCUAUUGUGGGAGAUCAUGUCCUUUGGGUAUAUACCCUAUACGGGGUGUACUAAUAGAGAAACUAUAUCGUUGGUAAAGUCGGGUGGUCGUCUGGAGAAACCAGCGGGAUGCCCUGAUCCUAUUUAUGGCAUAAUGACACGCUGUUGGCACCCACGGCCAGAAGACAGGCCUAGUUUUGCAACGAUUGUCGAAAGAAUAGGUUACUGUUUACAGGAUCCCGACGUGAUCAAUCAUCCAACGCCUGACUUUGACAUUUUACCGAUCUGCGAGCGCGAGAUAACGAUCAUGAGGCCGGAUCCGGAAGCAGAAUGUAUCAAUGUACAGUCCGAAUUGGAUACGGGUGGAUACAUGCAGCCCAGAAUUAUCGAUCCUCGAUCGGCCAGCCAGCGGCUGGCUCAGGCCGCUGCUACGUUUCCCUCGUAUCCGAAAAACGAACCUUCAAACAGAAAUGAUUCGAACGAUAAAACCCCCCAAGGACGAUUUCAUAGCAAUCAAUACGGUUCGGACAACUCCGAGCAAGCUGUCGGUAGGAAAACGAGUCUCGAUGACAUUGGCGACGAGAACGAUGAUACGGAGAAUAAAUGCAAGCCCGAUAGCUCGAACCGAGCGGAGAAGAGCGCACAUCGAACCUCAACGGACAUCGAAAAUAGCGGUAAGUUAGGUGUCGCAGACAAUGGUAACAACCGUCCAGGGGGAAUCGAAACUCGUCGAAACAGCACCGUCGACGCGACGGAAGUGGACAGAAGAAACGGUAACGAAAGCGUAACCACCACCGACACGAACUCCGAUUCCUUGAUCGUUGCUUCCUCGGACACGCCGCCAGACACGACGAACUCGUCGCCGAACACGCGUACCUGCUCCCCUAGUCACGCUGGCCUAAAUACGAGCGCCACUAACGUGAAUGGAAUGUUAAAGAAAAAUGCCCUGAAGGCUGCUCUCAGUUUAGAUCCUAGCGCUCUGUGUCGCGGAACGAUACCCUACGAAAAAAUAGCCUUCUCGCCACCGCCGCAACGGUCGAGCACCCCAGGCAGUAUGGAACUCAAAAAGGUAAUUCAAAUAUUGUCACAUCGACGCACCCAUGUCGUCCGUUUCACAUUCGAAAGCUGCGAACCUCUAUGAAAGUAGAGCAAAGUCUCGAAGGGAACGAGUCCAUUCGGGGUAGUAAUCAUACCGAUCGGGUCGGUUGGAAUUCGUAGUGCACUUACAAGGAAAUUUUGGCAUUUGAUACACGCGGAAAAAUUUGUAUUUGUAUCGUUGAUACUUGUACAGUUUUCUUGUCUACGAAUGUAGAAAUAUUCGCAGUCGUCUAAUAAGGAAUAGGAGACAAACAAUCAGUAAAACCACUUUGUAUUUAACCACGUCGUUCUCGAUGUUUAUAAACACCGCCUCAGACAGAGACCGAUAGCAGCCGAUGAGAAAAUGUUAUAUCAAUAUUAUCAACACCUUUGUCCAGGUGUGCUAUGAAUUUCAACCCAGCCCGUAUAAUAAAUAAUCAUUGAGAAAAGUCUUCGUACGCGCAGGACAAUCAUUACAAUACACGUGGCAUUCGAUGUCGUAACUGUUUUCCAUAAGUUUAGCGACACUUAUCCCUGUAAUUGGUUUCACCGCAGUUCUAUGUAUGAUGGAACUAUCGUCUCUCUGUUCUUCACACGAAGGAUCCUCUGGGUCGCCAGCUACCGAGGGAAGAGGAAUGCUCCUGCUGAGGUUUGUUCAAAGGGGAGUGACAGAACUCCCCGGUAGCCGAUGUCGCAACGCGUUCGGCAACCGAUACCAGAUCGCUGCGACGAUCCGCAACGAUAAACGCAGUACCAGCGGGACCGCGUCUCGCGGAAUCCACCGCGCCUCUGUGGAUACGAGACGAAGAGUACUCGCGUCGUGUGCAUUCCGAGGAGACGCUCUUGUGAGCGACUCGUUCUCUACCUUACGGAACGCCACCUUUCCUCCAACACGAGGGGGAAGAAUUUAAUUGUGUUUAUUAAAUGGACGCGUCCACGGUGCGUACUGUAGCGAAAAGAAAGACCAGUCCUUGGGGGAAGAAACGACAAACUUAGUUUUGCUCGCAACCUUUUCGACCCGGAACCGUUGUAACAUCUUUUUCUUAUCUUUUCUUAACAGUUAUUUUUGGAGCAUCUCGAUUAAUCCAUACAUUUCCAACGUGUCGAUAGAAUGUUAUUGUAUAUAGGGCAAAGUUAUCUGGGCCAUCGAGAUCCAUCGCAUCUCGGAAGUCCUUGUAUGAAUUCGCGAACGUGUUCACCCAAGAUUGACCUUUCUUUCUUCCUACGAUACAACUACGAAUCAACGUCGCGUCGAGUGUAGACCCGACAUCUGCCGACGGUACAAGGAAUUGCAAUAACCGUCCGUUAUUAAAUCCAACUAAAUUCUUGUUCUAAACGCAUAUACACCGAACACACACGCACAAACGCGUAAAGUCGCGCGUACGACCUGGUGCCCGAUGGGAAGCAACCAGCGAAAGGGAUGAGACCGUCAGGAGCCGGAACGGCGCACUUCGCGUCACACCUAACUACAAGUACAUACCAUCGCAAUUCCAAUGAUAUAGAUAAUAAAUUAUCGAAAGAAACUAUAGACAGACAUAGCUGUAACGAGUUCAUCGUCGAUGUUCCUCCUGCGGAAGGAUGACAGGGAAACCUAAUCGAUCCUUUAUCCUUCGUUCAGUAUGCAGGACGAUCGUCAGUGUCGCGAGCCCUAAUGUAUGAUAUGUUUCAUGAGGUUCCAAGCGACCUCGCACAAUGUAUAGUAUACACAAAAGAGAUUUAAAAGAAAGAGUGCGUGUUUGCGUGUGCGUGAGUGAGUGAGUGAGUGAGUGAGUGAGUGAGUGAGUGAG